UUGUGUUUAUGUUAUGAUAAGGUUAGGUGGAUUUAGUUGUUUUGAGAGAGAUGUUUACUGGUAGGCUUUAACUUGCAAAUUAACUUAAAUAAUAAUGUUGCAGUACUUAGCCUUACAAGUUAAACAUUAUUUUGUGAACCUUCAUUGUGGCGUGUUAGGCCUAAUAUCAAAAGCUGUAUCAUAUUUGUUAAGCUAUUUUAGGUUAUCCUAAGCUACAUUUAAAGAUACAAUUUUGAGGUUUUAGGCCACUCAAUUUUAAUCUAGGCAUAACUUACUCUUUUUUAUGAUCCAUCCAGGCCUACAUCCACAGAUUAACCUACAUGUAUCCAAGACUUCUUUACUUGAGUAAGAAUGGAUUUGAUUCAGUUCUUGAACGAAACUGAUGGAACAGACAAUGCCAUAAACUUUUCGAUGAAAUAUGGGAUACUUCCCGAUAGAGCUCCCAAAACGUGUGUUAAGUGUGGUGGAGUUGAUUCUCUGAGGAUAAACAAAUAUUCAAGAAAUCCACAGGUACCUUACAUCUUCGUUUGUAGCCAAAAAAGUUGCCGCUGGUCGGUUUCCAUAUCAAGAAACACAAUAUUUGACAAACUUCACUUUCCCUUAUCUCACGGAUUGCGCCUAAUAUACUUCUGGCUCUUAAAGUUGUCUGUUCAGGACAGUUCUGACCAGUUACAGUUACCAGAACACAUAGUAAACGAGUAUUACAAUCACUUCAGGCAUGUCUGCGCCUUUAUAAUUAUCAACUACACCCAACCCAUUGGUGGGCCCAAACACAUAAUAGAGAUGUGCGAAUUCCAUCUUCAAACCAGGGAGGAAUCUUACGAUGUCUGGAUGAUCACUGGAAUUGACAGAAGCAAUGGGGAAAAUUUUGUCACUCAUCUGUCAGUUAUGGAUUCAGAAAAUCUGUGGCCUAUCAUAAAGAACUACAUUCUACCAGGAAGUGUGAUUGUGACUGACAGACACAAGGAGUUUACUAGGAAAGAAAAGGAAGCAGAGAAUCCAAGUUUGACUUUCUUUCCACCUUCAAAAAAACUGCGCACAGAAGAUGACUAUCACUUGGAUGCCAUGUGGAAUAAUUUAUUGGACUAUGUUGAGAAGGAAAUACCUCCAAACACAACAGAUUUGAGAAAGGAAUUGUAUGCGUACCAGUUUUUCUAUUUCAACAGAGAAGAGUAUUGUCAAAAACCAGCAUCACAACUCAUUUUACCAUUUUUAAUCGAUGUAAAACAGGUAUACCCGGGGUUUGAAAAGGACCCGUAUUUAGAGUUGAGGAAAUCAUGGAAGAAGCAUUGACUUGACAUUUUUCUUGCCUGAUUUGAAAGUUUAUUGUUAAAUUUGUUUACUCAUGUCAAAGCAGUGUUUUGGCUAAUUCCUUAAAAGUACAAAGACAUUUCUUCAAAGAUA